AUGAAGUGGGCAAUAUUAUCGUUACAAUCGCUGCUCGUCCUGGUCCUGGCCCUGGCCAGUGGCCGUUCACUGGUGAGCGCCCGCGAUGAGCCGCGUCCAACCCAAGCGCCGCUGCUCAGCUCCACGAUGAAGCCGACGAGCGCCCCCAAAACGGAAGCAAAGCCCACCAAGCCGCUGAUGAUCAUCAAUGCGCCGCCCAUGAUGCAGAAGCAUCUGGUGUCGGCUAGCGUGGAGACGCCACAGGCAAAGCCGCUGCAGGUGACCGGCUUCAUUACCAAGGCGGGCAACAUCUACGAGAUCGAGGACAAGCGCGGCCUGGGCCGCAUCGAGCCCCGUCAAGCGGCCGAUGACGAGGAGCCGCAGAUCGUCUGCAACUAUGGCAAUGUAGUUAUCUACAGCGAUGUGCCCUGCGAUCAGGUGACCAAAGUGAAGGUGGGCGAGGUGCAGCCACUCAAUGCCCCAACCGAGCAGCAGCAGCAGCAGCCAACCGAGGCGCCACUCGCAGACGAUGAUGACGACAGCCAACAGGCUGUAGCUGAGCCCCAGGCGGGCGACUCUGCCAACCAGCAGCGCCGCCGCCCCGGCGGCUAUGGCGUGCGUCGCAUUCGCAGACGCAACGGCAAUGGCAACCGCAACGGCAAUCGUCGUGUCCAGCAGGUGCGUCGUCGUCGCCCCAAUCAGCAGCGUCGCGGCAAUGGCCAGCGCCGCCCCGUCAACAGGCAGCAGCAGCAGCGACGUCGCCAGCAACAGCGCCGCCGCCAGCAGCAGCAGCAGCGUCGCCGUCGCCAGCAGCCACAGCGCCGUCGCCAGCAACAGAUGCGUUUCAUUCGCGUCGACGACGAGGCUUAA